AUGGCCCAAAAGCUGAGCAUCAAUCGUGGAUUGGGCCUCGGUAUGGCCCAGUUGGGGGCUUUUGCGAGGAUGGGAAUGAUGAUGGGCCCGACGGGCCCAGGAGCAGCGGGCCCUGGAGAGGCCCCCGAGGGGCUUCCUGAAGUUCAAAUCGAAUCGGAGAAGGCCAGAAAUUUGAGCACCGCUUUUGAGCCCAAUAUUGAUGUUGACAUGAUUGACUACAAGCAGCUAGGUAAAUUUUUGAGGAGUUAUGACGUGGCACACAUUUUUGUUUUUGUGUUUUUGUGCACUUUUUUAUCGCGUCUGGGUUGUGACGCAGGAAGAUGAGUGUUUUUUGGGCCGGGAAGCCUUGGGAAGCCUUGGGAAGCCUAGGGAAGCCUUGGGAAGCCUUGGGAAGCCUUGGGGAGCUUUUGGGAAGCCUCGGGAAGCCUCGGGAAGCCCUGGGAAGCCUUGGGGAGCUUUUGGGAGCCUCGGGAAGCCUCGGGAAGCCCUGGGAAGCUUUACAAUCUUAUAUGAGAAACACGGUGUUUAAUAUGAGCAAUGGUAUUUUUUUCAUGUAAUUUUUUUGAGAAAAUUCAAAUUUUCGCGCUAAAAAAUCCAAAAUUUUUUCCGAAAUUUUGAAAAAUUCAGUUUUCAAUCCUUUUUUUUAAAGAAAUUUGGAAAAAAUCCAGAAUUUUGAAUUUUCAAUCUUGAAUUUUUGAGAAAUCCACGUGGCAAAACAUUUUUUCCUAGAAAAUUUGAAUUUGACUCUCAGAAAAUUGAGCUUAAGGUUACUGUAGGAAAAUCCACGUGGCAAUCAAUUUUUUUCCGAAAUUUUAGAGAAAUUUGAAUUUCAGAAAACUUGACAUCGAAUAAGCCUAGGGUUACUGUAGUAAAAUACACUUGGGAAGCCCACUGAAGCCUUCUGAAGCCUUCCAGAGCCUUCUGAAGCCUUCCAGAGCCUUCUGAAGCCUUCUGAAGCCUUCCAGAGCCCUUAUAGAGCCUUCUGAAGCCUCCUGAAGCCUUCUGAAGCCUUCUGAAGCCUUCUGGAUUUUUCUAAAACCUUCUGAUGAUUUUUUGAAAGCUCCGGCUGGAAUUUUCAGCUAAAAAUUACUGAAAAUUCGAAAUUUUUGAUAGAAAUUUGGUAUUUUUAAGUUAAUAAGCUUGAAAAUCACCCAAACUCCUCAUUUUUGAGCUUAGAACCUUAAAAAUAGAAAAAAAAGCCUCCUGAAGCCCCUGAAGCCCUCUGAAGCCCUUGGAAAGCCUUAAGAAGCCUUGGGAAGCCCAGAAAAGCCCAGAAAAGCCCAGAAAAGCCCUCAAAUCUUCCAGGCUCAUCCCGAUAUCUGUACGGCUUUGGAUUCGACCGAAAAUCCUUCGCCGGAAGUGCCUGCUUCAUCGAUGACGAUGCGGAUGAAGACGAUUUGGUAUUCAUGUAA